AUGGGGAUGCGGGAGAAGCUCCUGCCGCCGCGCCCGCCUUCCCCGCGCGGCCUCCCCACCCCCGCGCGCCCCCCAGCCCCGCGCCGCCCCCAGAUCCCCGCAGGGCCCCCCCCCCAGCACCGCAGGCCCCCCCAGCACCGCACGGCCUCCCCCCAUCCCUGCGCGCCCUCCAUCCCCGCAGGGCCCCCCAGGACCGCAGGCCCCCCGACCCCCGCACGUCCUCCCCCCACCAUCCCCGCGUGGACCCCCUCAGCACCGCAUGGCCCCCGCAGUACCGCACGGCGUGCCCCCUAUCCCCGCGAGACCCUCCACCCCCGCGCGGCCCCCCUCAGCACUGCGCGGGCCCCCCCUCCAGCACCGCACGGCGUCCCCCCAUUCCCCGCGCAGCCCUCCAUCCCCGCAGGGUCCCCUAGCACCGCGCGGCCCCCACCCCCAGCACCACACGGCGUCCCCCACCAUCCCCGCGUGGCCCUCCAUCCUCGCAGAGCCCCCGAGCACCGCGCGGCGUCCCCCUCCAUCCCCGCGCGGCCCCCCCCAGCACCGCACGGCGUCCCCCCAUUCCCGCGCAGCCCUCCAUCCCCGCAGCGGUCCCCCCAGCACCGCACGGCCCCACCCCCAGCACCACACGGCGUCCCCCCACCAUCCCCGCGUCCCCCUCCAUCCCCGCAGGGUCCCCCAGCCCUGCACGCCCCCCCCAGCCCCACACGCCACCCCCAAUACCGCAGGGCCCCCCAGCCCCGCGCGACCCCCCCCACCCCGGGACGGCCCCCAGAUUCCGAGACAGCCCCCCACCCCCGCAGGACCCGGGGCUGCACCGCAGGCCUCCUCGCUGCUCUGCUGCAAACCCGCAGACAAUCUGUUCCCUCCCCAACAGGACAGGAACGACCACCCGCUUCCUGUGGCAACGGGUCCUUGGUGUUCAUCCCGGAUGGGCCCGUGGACAUGGCCCUGGGGUGGGUCAGGCUGGGGUGA